AUGUUAGGACAAAUCCUGGUGUACUCGAUGCCCGGCUGUCCGCACUGCACGGCGGCGAAAAUGAGCUUGAACAAGCUGAAUCUGCCAUUUAUUGAGAUACAGCUCGAUUUAUACGACAAAAGUGUGAGAGAGGAAUUGAAGAGCAAAACGAAUAGAUCCACUGGUAUGAAACUACUAGCGGCGAUCAAGAUCAUAUAUGUUCCUCAAAUUUUCUUCAACGAGAAACACAUCGGCGGAAGAGACGACUUUCAUAAACUAGAUAAAAAAGAGCUCGAAGAAUUGAUCAAGUACGUGCAGGAAAAUGAACCACCAGAAGGAUCGCCGUCGAUUCCCGGAUCCACCCUCCUCAUUGGCAUUGGAGAAGAUGAUGGGCAGUCGCUCCGGUGCGAGUACGACACAGAUGCAGACAUUGCAAAGGCUCUCAAAGACUCGAACUUGCCAAAGAAGCGUUGGAACUGGCUCCAGCGGCAUCACGGAGCAUUUACUGGCAAACAGUUGAAAGAAUGGCUCGAUGGAACUGGUGAAGAUGGCGAAGCAGCCGCAACUCGCCUACUCGCUGGAAAUUUCAUCGCUCCGAUUGAGAAGAAAGUCGAUGCUUUUCACCCGGAUGGAACUCUCUACCAACUUGUCGAGCAAAAAUCUAUCGCUUCGCUCAACUCGGGCGUUACCGCUGAAUGCAAGGUUCUUCAUCCCUCUGAGCUCGGCGAGCAGAUGAGGAUACAAAUUAAGAAGCUCUAUGGCAAGUACUUGAAUGAUGAUGGAACUUCUGUUGAUUACGAAGGCAUGCGUGACUCUGAAGAGUUUGGUGAAUAUGUCAAACUCACAGCUCAAUUACAGCGGGUAGAUCUGUCCCAACUUUCAAUCGAUGGCCGCCUUGCUUUCUUCAUCAACAUCUACAACGCCCUGAUCAUUCACGGUCAAGUGGUUCGCGGUAUUCCGCAGACAUUUCUCACUAGGUUGCGAUUUUUCUGGACGACCUCUUAUAUUAUUGGUGGCCACGUGUUCACGCUCGACGAUAUAGAGAAUGGCGUCCUGAGAGGCAAUCGCAAGGGACCUGCUCAUCUUUGCCGACAAUUUUCACGUUCUGAUCCUCGUUUGAAAUUUGCCUUGCCCACUGCAGAGCCGAAAAUUCACUUUGCUCUCGUUUGUGGUGCGAAAUCUUGCCCUCCCAUUAAAUGUUUCUCCGAGAAAGGCGUCCAAGAAGAACUCAAAAUGGCGACUGAAGGAUUCAUUGAGGAUGACAGUAAUGUACUCGUAAAUUUGGAGAAGAAAAAGGUCAAAUUAUCGAUGAUCUUCAAAUGGUAUCAAGUCGAUUUUGGAGGCAAGGAUCGAGCGAUGCUCAUUUGGAUCUUUGAAAAUAUGAACACAGGCACUAAAUCCGAUAAUCUGAAAUCUCUCAUCGAAGGCGAUAACUUCUCCGUAUCUUACUUCGAAUACGACUGGACCUCCAAUUCAAAAAAUGAAUCAUAA